AUGGCGUUUGCUGGGACAAAUAUCAGUUUGUCCCAGCCGGAUAUCACGCAGAAACUAACGGAGCGCAUAGACGACCUGAAGCAAAAGAUUGCCGCUUGGGGGAAGCGGAUUCGCCGAUUUACCGAGAGGUCAAGGCGGUUCAACCAGAAUCGUCUCUUCCAGAGUGAUCAGAAGAGGCUCUACAAAUCAUUGGAGCGACCAGAGGUAUGUGGAGCGGGCCCAGGACCGGAUCAGGCUAACACUGUCGCAUUUUGGCGUGACCUGUGGUCAGAGCCCGUAAACCACAGCGAGGGCCCUUGGACGGAAGUUGUGGCGAGUCAGUGUGCGAGUAUUACGCCCAUGGACCCCGUCAUCAUAACGCCGGAUGACGUAGCUGAGGCGGUCCGUAGAGCCCCGAACUGGAAAAGUCCGGGACUCGACGGACUGCAUCACUACUGGCUGAAGGGGUUCAUGGUGUGUCACGCUGUGCUCGCCCGUCAGUUUCAAGAGGCUCUCAACCAGAAGUCGCUCCGUAGCCUCUUCACUACUGGGAUCACUCAUUUGGUUCCUAAAGACCAGGGCCUCUGCCUUGGUGUCGCCGGGGCGCGUCUGGAGCUGGCGCUGGACGCGGCAGCAUGCGGGCCGCCAGCCGAGUGCGAGGAGCUGUACGAUCACCUAGCGGCCCUCCGCAUCCUUCAUCCCCACCAGGCUAAUUCAGACGAUGAUGGAAUAGUCUCCCACGAACUAGAGAAAAUGAGGAGCAUAUUGGAAGAGUCGAUGCUGGAAACGCGCAGCAUGCCUCCCGAAAAUCGACCGCGACUUAUACCCCUUAUCAAGCGAAAUCGGGCUGUCUUGUGGGCUCUUAACCCAAUGCUGGUGACCUAUUUGGAAGCCAGCCGGGACCUUUGCGAGACGGACUCAAUGCUUUUUGGUGCCGCACUAGCAGUAUGCCGUAUUAUUGGCGCCAAACUUCCCAUGGCUAGACGUGCUACUCAACAAGGUAGUGCCAUCCCAGCCUGGAGAAAAAGGAUCGAGGACCGUAUCGCAAAGGCAAGGGCCCUUAUCGGUAGACUGACAAGUUUCAGGUCGGGUAAUAAUAGACCGAGAGUUGUACGCACCGUCAGAAUGGCGUUUGCUGGGACAAAUAUUAGUUUGUCCAAGCCGGAUAUCACGCAGAAACUAACGGAGCGCAUAGAUGACCUGAAGCAAAAAAUCGCUGCUUGGGGGAAGCGGAUUCGACGAUUUAGCGAGAGGUGA